AUACCGAUUCCGACCCUGAGUCCAGCUCCACCGAACAACCAGCCCCACUUAGUCGACCGUCGCGCACGAAAAGCAACAACAGUGUGCAGGACACGGGACCCAAAGGCAAGAAAGUCAAAGAUCCAGAGAAGGAUGGGUUAGGUGCUACGGGAACUGCACUGAAUACAUUGUUCGCUGUUAUACCUAGCCUGAAAGGCACUCUCCAGGAUGUGCAAAAUGGUAAACUUCAUUUAUGUGUGUAG